GGCCGCUCUUGCUGUUAUCGUGUAGGCUUUUUUAUUUUCUCCACUGUUGCGGCUCCAAUAAACCGUAUAAUAUUUAUACUGUAGCGUGUAAGAGAUCGUUUGAGAGAGACUGGGCAGACCGUGACGCAGCAGCCCUGUCUUCGAAGAGGUCCAGGCCGGCAAGUGUAACAUUCUCUGAUGGAUACUCCUGAAAGCCCUACUCAGUCCCCUCAGUCGCCUGAGGAGGAGGAGGAGAAGGGCAUUUCUGACAGUGAGCUGCUGGAUUCUCCUGAUGAAGAAGAGGACAGGGUUAUCUCAGAUAGUGAGAUAGUCCAGGAGGAGAAUGGUACGUUGGCGGAGGAAGAGGAGGACGAGGAUGAGCGGAUCAGAGGCAGAGGAGGAGAUUCGGAGGAGGAGGAAGAGGAUGAGGUGGUUCCCGACUUUGUGUCUGACCCAGAGGAUGAGGAGCCUGAUGGAGAGGGAGGAGGGGUGGGGCAGGAGGAUGAGACCAUCUUACUGAUGGAGGGAGAUGAGGAUGGUGCACAGGGAAACCAUUCAGCUGAAGAAGAGGAGGAAGGAGAGGAGGAAGAAGACAGAAUCAUCGACACGCCACAGUCUCCUGACUCUGAACCAGAACAAGGGAGGAACUUCUUCACUGAGGAUGAUGGAGAAGAUAGAGAGGAGGGAUACAGGGGUGACACGAAGGAGGCCUCGGUACAGCCUGGUGCUGCGACGGCAGAGGUCGAUGAGGAGGACGAGGAGGAAAACAGGAACAGGACCGAAGAAGAUGAAGAAGAGGAGAGGAGGACAGCUGAAGAGGAGGAGGAAGAACAGAGGAGGAGGAGAGCAGCGGCGGUUGCAAUGAGGGAAAUGAAGGACGACUCGGCGUCCGUCUCCCGGGAGCUGGACGAGCACGAGUUAGAUUACGACGAAGAGGUCCCCGAGGAGCCCAGCAUCCCUACGCACGAGGAAGAGGAGGACGAAGAGGAUGCCAAAGCGGGGGGCGACGAAGAGGAGGAUAGCGAAGACAAAAGCAGCAGCAAGAAGAAGGAGAAGAAGCCCAUCCUCCCACCGUCUCCUAAAGACAGUCUGGCCAAGAAGAUGGAAGACUCCAAAGUUCCAGAGAGGGGGCGAAGAGACUCUUUCCGAGACAAGAAGAAGGAUGAGGAUGAUGGGGAGAUUGAUGAAGGAGAGAUUGAUGAUGAUGACCUGGAGGAGGGGGAAGUCAAAGAUCCCAUGGACAGAAAAAUCAGACCACGUCCUAUCUGCAGAUUCUUUGUCAAAGGAAAUUGUACUUGGGGCAUGAACUGUCGGUUCAUCCACCCUGGAGUCAAUGACAAAGGAAACUACUCCCUCAUCAGUAAACCAGACCUCUUCUCACCUAACGGAGCUCCUCCUGGAGGGCCGCACCCGCUCAUGCCCAAUAACCCCUGGGGUGGGCCAGCAGUUGAGGAGCUGCCUCCGCCUCCUCCUCCGGUGGAGCCGCCCGUGGAGAGUGCCUGGGAGAGAGGCCUGAGGCACGCCAAGGAGGUGCUGAAGAAGGCCACCAUCCGCAAGGAACAGGAGCCGGACUUUGAGGAGAAGCGCUUCAAUGUGACCAUUGGAGAGGACGAAAGAGACUUUGACAAGGAGAACGACUUCUUCAGAGAGCGCAGCUACCGCAUCAUCAGAGAUGAAAUGGAAUUCAGAGACCCCAUCUAUGGUGAUCCAUAUGCUGACCCUUACUAUGAUUAUGAAAUGGAGGCGCUAUGGAGAGGUGGCCAGUAUGAAAACUUCAGAGUGCAGUACACAGAAGCUCCUCUUCCAUACCACUACAGCGAGCGUGAACGAGACCGUGACCCUCGAGACCGCCACCGAGACCGGGAGCGGGAGCGGGACCACCGUGAGAGGGAGCGUCGGCAGCGAGAGAGGGAGAGGGAAAGAGAGAGGGAGCGUGAGAAGGAGAGGAUGCGCAGGAAAGAGGAGUGGGAGAGGGACCGGAUGAAGCGGGAUGAGAAAGACAGGCCGAGGAUGCGUCCUCUUCGAGAACCCAGAGACAAAAAAGAUGACGACAAACUCAAAACACGCUCCCCCAUCAACUUGCCACCCAAUAGGCCAGUGGAGCCGCCCCCUAAGAAGGAGGUAGUUCCAGUCAUGAGGCGACCGGAUGAGUGGAAGGACCCAUGGCGUCGGUCCAAAUCGCCCAGGAGACGCCCUGGGGUUGGCUCCCCUCCACGAGGCCGCCGGCGACAUCGACCCUCAGGUUCCUCGGUCUCUCUGUCCAACUCUUCCAGGUCUUCGUCACGCUCUUCGUCUUACACGGGGUCUGGCUCAUCUCGCUCCCGUUCACGCUCCCGCUCCUCCUCAUACACCUCGUAUUCCAGCCACUCCUCCCAGCGGAGCUCCUUUAGUGGCAGUCGCUCCAGAUCUCGAUCAUUCUCCACAUCUCCAUCACCAAGUCCGGCAGCACCAAGAAAUGUUAAGAACAAGCCAGACCUGCCUCCUACACUAACUAAAGGCAUGCCACUGAAGCCCGGUGCCAUGCCCCCUCCUCGUAGAGAAAAGCCUCCCAUGAAGAAGGCUCCCAGCCCCCCGCCGCCCAGUGGACUGCAGGGCAGGCCCCCCAAACCUACCCCGGAGGGUGGCAAGCCUCCUGCCAAUAACCGGGAGGGUGGAGGUGGGGGUGGUGGGGCAGGUAGUGGGGCAGGGGGAGGAGGAAGCGGAGGUGGCGGAGGAGGAGGGGGAAAACCCCUGGUACCACGGGAACCUGGAAAGCCUCCCAACUUGAGGGAAGGAAGACGGAAAGAAAGGCAGCAGCACCCUCCUCGGAGGCGGACUGUGAGUGGCAGUGGCAGUGGAAGUGGCAGCAGUUACACUGGCUCCAGCUCCAGAUCCAGAUCAUCGUCCAACUCCCUGUCACGCUCGCGCUCUGGAUCAAGAAAAUCCAGGUCUCUGAGCGUGAGCAGCGUAUCAUCGAUUUCAUCGGCAUCAUCCAGCAGCAGCUCGGUACGCAGCGCAGAUUCAGACGAUAUGUACGCUGACCUGGCUAGCCCGGUGUCCUCUGCCAGCUCCCGCUCGCCCACCCCCAGCCAUCCGCGCAAGGAGCGAGGCCCGGUCCGGGAUCGGCCACCACACAGCAGGGACAAGGCCAGGGAGAGGCCACCAAAGAAAGAGGAACCCUUCAGGGAGGAUCGUAGGAAGAUCGACCCGUCUGGUGUUCCACCCAGAGGUGGCAACCCCAUGCCCAGAUCAGGGCCUGGUAGCAGAGGAGGCCACCCCUUGCACCCCCCACCCAACACCAUGGGCCCUCCAGGAGGCUAUGGGGGUUCAGGUUCCCACAAAGACAUCAAACUCACCCUCCUCAAUAAGCAGCAGGGCGACAGGGGCAACAGGAAGAGAUACAUGCCCUCAGACAAAGACAGGCCGGGUUCUCCCCUCAGCAAGAGGAUGGCCUUGUCUCCAGACAGAGGCCGCGAUCGGAGAAUACCUGGCCGACCCCCGCUCUCUCCUCGAAUGGAUCGGCCCAGAGGUCAGGGUCCCCGGCCCAUGCCAUCGCAGGGAGACAGGAAACGCCCCCUGUCACCGCCUGUGAAGUCAUCUGGGAAAGGCCCUGCGGCGCCUUCAGGCAAGCCUGCCGCCCCGGGCUCGGCUCCGGCCGCCGGCUCGGGCUCAGGUUCCGCUUCCGGCUCAGGCUCCAACAAACCCAGCAACACACUGUCACGUCGUGAGGAACUGCUGAAACAGCUGAAGGCUGUCGAGGACGCCAUCGCCCGAAAGAGAGCGAAGAUCCCCGCUAAGUAAAAGCCCCCGCGCCUCACCUGUCUGCCUGCCUACGAGCCUGCCUGCCUGUACGGCCUUUUCUGCCGCGGCAACAGUGAGGGUUACGGGACGGGGCGACCACCGACAAAAACCCACCUUUCUUCCCCACCCCCUCCCCUGCCUUCAGUGAUGACGCGUAGCAUCUCACUGGAUGUGUUUAAAAAAAUUAAAAAAAUAAAAAGUUUUCUGGUUCACAAUGUAUAAAGGCUGUCGUAUAAGUGGUUUCAUGAACAAAAGUGGCCGCCACAAAAUCAUUUUCUCCUUGUGUGCCCUGAGCGAAAGGCCUGGCUGCUCUCCAUUUUAGAGCGUCAUUCACCACCCCGUGCGCCCUAAUUCUGCUCCUCUUGUAAGUCUUUGAAUGUUUCAGGCACAGUUUACCUCGCUGUCGGGAAAUGAGAGAGAACAAAGGCAUUUUGCGGGGUGGGGGCGCUGGAACGGAGCGCCCAUUGUUGUAGAUUUUACAAUGCCGAAACAGAUUGGUAGCGAAGUGCACUUCAUCACUCACUAUCCACUCUGGUCCAUUCAGUGAAAAGGAAGACUCUUCCUUCCUCAUGUCGUGUGUUUGAUGAACAAGACAAAUUUAUACACACUGAGUGUACUACCAGUCGUCUGUCUUUCUCUGCCCCCUUUUAUUGUCUCAGUCUCUCGCGUCUUAUCUUAAGUUUCCUUGUUUUUUUUCCAUCUUUUGCUUUGUGUUGAGUGGUUUGACGGUUCUGUUGGUUCUGUAACAGCUGGGCGCUCAUGGACUGACAGCCUACGAGGCUUCACAAGGUUAAUUUGUACAAAACCACAAAUACCCGAGCAUCUGUAUCCGGCCCGUGAGGACAAGCCACUCACACUGUGUUCAGAGCGGGCCCGUCGUAUACAAGGACUUGUUCUCUACUCUUGGUCUGUGUUCUGUGUGUUAGGGCAGUGAUCACUGUCAUACCCUUGUACAAUAAUAGCAAGUUAUAAGAUUCUCGCAAGUGUAUUAUGAUUAUAGAAAACAAUUUGACAGUGAUGUGAAGUAUUGCUUUUUUUUUUUUUUUUUUUUUUAAAUCUACAGCAUUUUGUUUUCUUCUUAGCUCUUCUCCAGUGAUAAACCAAUAUUUUAUUUGUCUCACAUUUUUAGUUGACAGAGUAUGAGAGAUGUAAUGGGGACACUCGGAGACAAGAUGUAUCUGUCUUGCUUUUGUGACAAAAGGCUUCUAAAUAAACUAUUUUGAUAAAGA